UCCUCCCGCCUGCCCGCGCACGCCGGACACGUAUGCAUCGCACCCAGCUCCCGCCAUAUCUACCAUCAUUCUUGCUCCUUCCAGCUUCACCGUCGCGAGACAAUCGAUAGCUGAGCCCAGGUUAAACCUGCAGAUCAGACAUCACCGGAGUGACAGGUUUUGCGCACUGCGACUGCAAUGUCGGCCGGCCUCCAGCGCCUUUGGCAGCUGCUCGUUGCCGUGAGCGCGCUCCUGACUGCGGCGGCGGCGCAGGAGACACGGGUGCCGCCGCUGGUGCCGGCACUGUUCGUGUUCGGGGACUCGCUGGUGGACAACGGCAACAACAACAACCUGGCGUCGCUGGCCAAGGCCAACUACUUCCCCUAUGGCAUCGACUUCGCCGCCGGCCCCACCGGCCGCUUCUGCAACGGCUACACCAUCGUUGAUGAGCUCGCUGAGCUGCUUGGGCUGCCCCUGGUUCCAGCCUACUCCGAGGCCUCCCGUUCCGUCGAGCAGCUCCUUCAAGGCGUCAACUACGCCUCCGCCGCCGCCGGGAUCCUCGACGACAGCGGUGGAAACUUCGUUGGACGGAUACCGUUCAACCAGCAGAUCCAGAAUUUCGAGUCGACCAUCAGCCAGCUCGCGGGCGCCACCGCCGGCGGCGCGGCGACGGCGGGCAGCAUCGUCUCCCGGUCCAUCCUGUUCGUGGGGCUCGGGAGCAACGACUACCUGAACAACUACAUCAUGCCCAACUACGACACCCGGCGCCACUACACUCCCCAGCAGUUCGCCGACCUCCUCGUCACGCAAUACGCCUCCCAGCUCACCAGGCUGUACAAGGCGGGGGCGAGGAGGUUCGUGGUGGCCGGCGUCGGGUCGAUGGGUUGCAUCCCGACCAUCCUGGCGCGGAGCGUGGAGGGGCGGUGCUCGGAGGAGGUGGACCAGCUGGUGGCGCCGUUCAACGCCGGCGUGAGGGGGAUGCUGGACGGCCUCAACGCCGGCCUCCCCGGAGCCACGUUCACGUAUCUCGACAACUACCGCCUGUUCACGCUCAUGCUCGCCAACCCUGCCUCCUACGGGUUCGACGUAGUGGACCGGGGCUGCUGCGGUAUCGGCCGGAACGGCGGGCAGAUGACGUGCCUGCCCUUCAUGCCGCCGUGCGCCGACCGGGAGCGCUACCUGUUCUGGGACGCCUACCACCCCACGGCGGCGGUGAACGUCAUCAUCGCACGCCAGGCAUUCGACGGUGGCGCCGACGUCGUCUCCCCCGUCAACGUCCGCCGCCUAGCCCAGCUCUGAGCUGCCGUCGGGCACUUUGUCUGAAUUAGCUCGAUAUGUGUGAGUAGGGCACUGAGUGUAGCAAUAAUCGGACCUUGUGUGGUGUGCGGGCAAAAUUAGGACGAACUAUGCGUGCACAUGUCUGACAUUUUCAAAGAUCGACGAUGGUCAUUGGAAUUUAUGCAUUCUAAAUUAAUGGACCCUUAACUAGUUUAU